GAAUUGUAAAUACUGUCGUCUGCUUCCAAGUGACGAAGUGUAGCUUAUUCGAAUGUAUUUCAGAAAACAAGGAUUUGAUGUGCAAAGAUGAAAAUUCUUCCCUUGAAUUUUGAUGAUACUCAUGUGAUAGAAGAUGGACCAAGUCAAUCGAACAAAGGCUUUGCUCUUGAAUCUGGAGAGACUCAGUUUAACCUUCAUGAAAUGUUCGACGUCAAUGACGAUGUCGGAGAUUUAGUGCCGGAUGUAGAAGGUUGUGACCUCUUUUGUUCAGAAUCUUUAUCGGAUGAAGUUGACCACAACGUACCGUUUUCCUCCAUUACUUUGCAGGGAUCGGACAACAUACCAGGAGGCAUGGUUUAUCCUCCGAUCGAAAUUGUACCAUCCGAAGAAGUUUUUAACGAUGCAAACGAUCAUUUGAACCAACGGAUAUCAGAUGAUGAGCUGAGCCAGUCGGACAGUGAAACAGGAGAUAUGCAAAUGGAAGAACAGAUUGAGAAUCAGAGUGCAAAUAUAAAUGUCGUCAGAUGGAAUCCCAUAGAUGAUGAUGUUUACACGAGAAACAGAAUUCAGAACAGGGAUCGACGUGUUCCAGACUUGAACGGGUCGUUCUAUGAUUCCGAUGAGGAGAGAAUCUUGUCCUCGUGUUCCGACUCCGACCACGUUGUUCCAAACUUUCACAUGGAGGAAUAGGAUGUUAUUAUAAAUUGGCGGGACCGGAUAUUGUUGAGUUUGUAUUUGCUUGUUAUCUUUAUUUAUUAGUGUUAAGGAUAUCUCUCCUAUAUUUAUGUAAAUCGUAUAUGAAUGCAAGCAUUAUUUAUAAUGUUGAUCAUCCUUGUUGAUAUUGUUACAUUGUUCUUGUUGUUGUAACUGCAUAUAUUAUAUAAAAUAAUGCAGUCGUGUGUUAUAUACCUUGUCGCAAUCAUGAAAUAAAGUUGAGCAACUGGCCUUGGUUGAA